UUUCAAGGGGUUUGGUAAAUUUUUUUUAUUAUUUUUUUAUAGUUGGGUAAUUAUUUCUAUAAAUAAUAUAUAACAGUAACAACAAUAUAAAUAAAAAAUAAUAAAAUAAAAACAUAAUUUGAAAAAAUCGUCUACGGAAGCGUUGUCCUCAGUGCGCCUGCGCAACACGUCAUUGUAUUUUUCUCGACGCAGCUGACGAUGUAAACAAGACAUUCGAGGGCAGCGGGGAUCAAACAGGCCGGUGUCACCUCAGAUGUUACCUCAGAAAUAACCGCACACAGCCGCCAUGGGACUCCCCGUUACGAUUAAAGUCAACUUCCGGGGGAACGUGAAGCGGUUUCUGGCUCAAGAUCUGGACAAACUGGAGUGGGAGUCCGUGGAAACCUGGAUUAAAGCUUCAUUUGGAAUCAACCACUUUCAAGUAAAAUACUUUGAUGAAGAUAAUGAAGAGAUUUGUAUCAACAGUCAAGAUGAAUAUGAGGAAGCCAUCAAGAGUGCAGAGAAGCAGGGGAACCAGUUGCACAUGAACGUGUAUAAGAUGAAAGGACAGGCCUGCGGGGGCCCGCUGAAGACGGAGGUGAAGGAGCUGAAAGGGGAGCUGCGGCCGGCGCCACCGUAUCCCUCCAGGGUCAAGACGGUGGACAAAGGCACUCAGGUUACACCGGAGCGAGAAAAUGUAAUCGUGAAGGACAGUAAAGAGAGUAAACCUGAAGAUGAGCCCCCUCCCAUGUGGUUCCGGUCCUACAUGGAGAAGUUUAAGGAUGAGGUCGUAAGGGAAGUGGUGGAAAGGAUGUGCAGCGACUUCUCGGGACAAUGCUGCACCCACAAAUCAUCAGACGUCCUCCAGGAGGCCAGUGGGGCCAGUGGGGGCGUCAUGGGACCCAAACCCGGCCCCUCCACCUCCAAUGGAUCUCUGGGCUACACCCCGAACUGCAGCAGCUGCAACAAACCCACGUCUGAAGGAGCCUACAAGUGCAGAGUGUGCCCCUCCUGCAUCCUCUGUGAGGUGUGCAGACAUGACCACGACCCCAGCCACAGUCUCAUGAGGACCAAGACGCCUCUCUCCAUCCCCGAGCACGGCCCGUCAGGAGAGUUGAGGUUCCCGAGGCGAGGAGACAGGACUGUGCGCAAAGCUGAGCGGCAGCGCCUCAAAGCUGAAAGGAGGCAGCUGAGAGCAGAAGUGAAGGAAAUCAAGAAGAAACUGAGACUGGAGAAGCGGGGGCUGCAGUGGAGCGGACCCCCCACCUCAGCCCGAGCCAACCUGACAAACACGGCCUCGGCGUCCACACAGGUCCCCGCUUCGCCCCCUCCCGCUGCCUCAGAAACAGCCUCAGGUCCGGCCACAGUCCACGGCCCCAUCCCAGCCCUGGCCCCUGACCCCCAGGCCUCCAGUCCAGAGGGUCCCGGGGCCUCGCACACGUCCUUGGUGCCCACUAUGGCCGCCUUGUUUCUGGAUGAAAAUCUGCCUGACGGCACCCGUCUGGAGCCCGGUACCAAGUUCAUCAAAUACUGGAAGAUGAAGAACUCUGGCACUAUCAGCUGGACGCCAGAGACUAAGCUGGUGUUCAUGUGGGGGAACCUGGGCUUGGCGUCGGAGGACAGAAGGGAGGUGCCCGUGCCCCUUCUGCUGCCCGGACAAGUGGGCGUGGUCAGUGUGGCCUUCGUGGCUCCGGUCAUGGAGGGGAUGUACACCUCCCACUGGCGGCUGGCGCACUGCGGCUGCCAGUUCGGCCCGCGGGUCUGGUGCAGCAUCGUGGUGGACUCCGGCAGCGGACGCAGCGCGCUCUGGCAGCAAAGCAAACCGCCGAGAGAAGAGGUGAAGGCGGCGGUAAGGUCUAAGGACGGCGUCUUUGGCCUGCCUGUCGAUCUCCCCCAUGAAGACUUCUACUUCCCUUCAGUCGACCUGCUGACUGCACAGGAUCUGCUGUCAUUUGAACUACUGGACAUAAACAUUGUGCAGGAGUUGGAGAAAGUUCCCAACAACACUCCUGUGGAUCUUACACCCUGCAUAUCCCCUCUUCCCCAUGAUGCACUGCUGUUUGAGAAGUCCAUCAUGUCGCAGAUGAAAGCAGAAGCGGAGGCCGCCAGAGCCAGAAGAUCUCCUGAAGGUAAAAUGAAGCCGCAGGAGGUGUCAGAGUCCACGACCCAGGAGGAGGAGAAGGAGGAGGAGAUCAGUGGAGCUCAGUUCCUGUGCGAGACGAUCAUCCGCUCCCUGACGUUAGAAGAAGCUCCUGACCACAGGCCGCUGCGCCGCGCACAGCACGGGAGACACAAAACGCUGGCUGUGUCCAAAAGCUUCCAGAGUGUCGCUGAGACUGAGAAAGAGCUGGAGGCGAGCGAGGAGGUGGAGGUCUCACCUCUGCCUGUGACCACAGGACUCCAUGACAUCACCCCGAAGGAGCAGGAGACCGGACAAGCUCCUUUGCCUGAGUCAGAGGCUGAAAACCUGCACGUCAGCCCUCCUUGCGACGGCGAGGACAAAGGUGCUUUGCAUGCCAAUCAAAGCAUGAGAGGAAGUCAGGAAGAGGGCGGAGCCAGAGAGGACUGGGAUGAGGUCAGCAGCCAGACGUCUUCGGUCUCCUCCGGUGACGAUUACAUCAUCGUCCUCCCGGAUUGUUUCGACACCAGCCGACCUCUGGGGGAGUCCAUGUACAGCUCGGCCAUGUCUCAGCCGGACGCCAUCGCCGCGCUGACCGUGACCCGCGAGGAGGAGGAAGCGUGCGAGGGCUGCGACUUUGAGCCGUGCAGGGAGGCGGCGCAGACGGAGAGGUCAGAGGACACGGAGGAGUUGCCAAGCAACGCCAGAUCCCCCGCGGCAUCUCCCACCCACAGCAGUGUCAACCAAAUGUUGUGCGCAUCCCAAACUCUGGACACCGUGACGCUCACCCCUGAGGUGGUGGCCCCGCCCCCGCAGCCUCUUCCAGCCCUCUACUCGCCCAGGUCUGAGGCGCUGUAUCUCGCUGAGGAUCCCGUCUCCCCAGCUUGCGAACCAUGUGACCAACCACAAGUCCACCUCAAGUUACCAUCCAGCCUGUCGAGAUCAUCAGGCUCAGCAUCCAGUGCCUUUGAGACGUACAACCCCAGACUGAGCAACGCCCUGCAGCCCAGGGGCCAAGGAGGCAUCACAGAGGGCUUCGUCAAGGGGGCCCUUUCUGUGGCCGCAUCUGCUUAUAAAGCUCUCUUCACUGGACCAAACUGUCCUGUACAGCGAGGCAUCGACCCCGCCACCCGGCAGGACCCCUCCAUGAUGGCCAUGCUGCUGGAGAUGGGCUUCAGAGACCAGCGGCUCAACGAGAAGCUGCUGAGGAAGCACAGCUACAGCCUCCAGCACGCCGUCAACGACCUGGUGCAGAUGUCCGAGGAGAACCAGAACCAAGCCGUGGACGCCCUGCACUGACGGCGUCACUGAAAACCCAACGCGCCUCUCAAAGCUUGACGUGUAUUAUAUAACCUGUAAAGCUUUCAACCUUUCUUGUGUUCGGUUUAAUUUUCUUUAUGACAUAAUGGGAUCAACACUACAACUAUAUUACCAAAAGGUAGAUCAAAUCAGAGCGUUUAUUUCUUGAUUAGCAUUUAUAAAAUCCUCUUUAGUUUAGCUUCAAUGAAAAUAUACACUGAAAUAAGUGGUGGGUAAGCUCAGCUUGGCCGCCGUUCCCGUGGUGUUGGUCAGACAUUAGCAGUGUAGUGAGAAGCGUUUCAGCUCUUUAUUCGUCUCCAUGGCUGCUGCCUCCUUAACUCUGGAAACCAGGGCUGGACGUACGUGGAGGGGUUGAAUGUUUGAAGGAGAGGUGACUGGGCAAAAGCCGCUCUGCUGUACACUGAUGCUUGUGAAGUGCGUGCAGUGACGGGAAGAAUGGAUAUUUAAAAAGUUUUCUUUGAUGUGAAAUUUGCCUAACAAUGCAAUCUAUUAUCUGUAUCAAAGUACUGUUUUUUUUCUUUUAGACAUGUGGAAUGUAUAACAAACUGUCAGAGAGGAUCAAUGAUUUUUUUUUUUUACACCUUUUUAAAGAGACGCCUGCAUGAAGGGUAGAGAUGAGCAAUGUUCUCGUGGUCUUAGCACAGUCACAGUGGAAAAAAAUGUCCGCUCUGCAUCCUCUUUUAUCUUCAGCGUCUCCUCCAGCAGAGCUGGAUCUCACGGCACAUUCCUCAACCUUUCUUUUUCUUAAUUUUUAUUUAAAGCAGACGAUCAUUAGUUUAUUGAAUGCGCACUGUUGUGUGCCUGGAUUUACGUGGAGACUUUCUUUGCGUUUUUGACUGUAUCUAAUGCUUGUCAGUUUACCAUUCUGCAGUACAUAUCCCUUCCUCAAUCUGCCAAUAAAACAUUUGCACAUGCGCCUGGAAA